GAUAUAUUAAAUCGGCUGUACACUCGGUUUGGAGAUUUAAAGCUUCAAAACCCAGAAAACAGAGCAGUCGCUCAAAUGUUUCAGAAGAAUUAUGCUGGGAAGAUUCUGGAGUGUCACUUAAAUUUGUUGAAUGUGAUCCGAACUGGUGGCUACUUACCUGACAGAGUUAUCAAUCUCGUUCUUCAGUAUUUGAGCAAUAGUAUCUCGAAGAAUAGCAUGUAUAAGCUGCUGCAACCUCGACUUUGAUGUUCUUCUUUUUGAGAUUGUUUUUCCCCUUAUGUGCUUCAAUGACAAUGAUCUAAAGCUUUGGGAUGAAGACCCACAUGAAUAUGUCAGGAAGGGUUAUGAUAUCAUUGAAGACUUAUACAGUCCCAGGACAGCUUCCAUGGAUUUUGUGAGUGAGUUGGUUAGGAAACGUGGAAAGGAAAAUCUUCAUAAGUUCAUUCAGUUCAUUGUCGAAAUUUUUAAGUGGUAUGAUGAAGCGCCAGUGGAAUGCAAGCCAUAUCGACAAAAAGAUGGUGCUCUUCUUGCUAUUGGAGCACUUUGCGAUGGACUGAAACAAACUGAACCCUACAAGUCUGAACUUGAGCGUAUCUUUUUGGAUUCAUUGGCUAGUAGAUGGAAUGGAAAGCCACCAUUUGCUAGUUUCCAUGGCUUUCUUUUUCUUCAAGUUUAGGGUUUGUUUGUGUAACUGUUAUAUCUCUGUUAGUUUUCUUUCUGUGGCCAUCUUGGGCACCCCUGCAUUUUAUUGUUAUAUGCAAUAAAAUAUUAUUUCUUUUUUCAAAUAACAAAAAAGUCA